CGCAGGGGUGGGCUGGGCCCGGAAUGCAGCCGGGCAGGGCUAUUUAAGCUCGGGGCCUCCUGGCAACCCCAGCAGCCUGCCCUCUGAGCCGACAGCAUGGAUGACAUCUACAAGGCUGCGGUAGAGCAGCUGACAGAAGAGCAGAAAAAUGAGUUCAAAGCAGCCUUUGACAUCUUCGUGCUGGGCGCUGAGGACGGCUGCAUCAGCACCAAGGAACUGGGCAAGGUGAUGAGGAUGCUGGGCCAGAACCCCACCCCGGAGGAGCUGCAGGAGAUGAUUGAUGAGGUGGACGAGGAUGGAAGUGGCACAGUAGACUUCGAGGAGUUCCUGGUCAUGAUGGUUCGGUGCAUGAAGGAUGACAGUAAAGGGAAGUCUGAGGAGGAGCUAUCUGAUCUCUUUCGCAUGUUUGACAAAAACGCUGAUGGCUACAUUGACCUGGACGAGCUGAAGGUGAUGCUUCAGGCUACUGGCGAGACCAUCACAGAGGACGACAUCGAGGAGCUCAUGAAGGACGGCGACAAGAACAACGAUGGCCGCAUCGACUAUGAUGAAUUCCUGGAGUUUAUGAAGGGAGUGGAGUAGGUGCCGACCUUCGCCCAGAGCUGCAGUACCACCUUUCAACUCCCGCUGGGCCCUGGGGUGGAGCGGCGGGCCGGGGUCCCCAGGAUGUGAUCCUGGCCGUGUCCUUGACUGAGGACCCUCCCUGGCUCCCUCCCCAGCCCUGUCCUAGGGAAUACAAAUAAAACUCCGCUUCCUGGA